UGAGAGGACCACGCCAGCUGCAUGGGAGGAGAUGAGCGUGGCGGAGAAGCAGCCUCCUCCAGCACCGCUCGAGCGGCCCGGCAGCCUCCUCGUCCCCACCUGGACUAAAACUGGUAUUGCAUUGUUGUAUGAUGAAGUAUCUGAAAAUGCUUAUGACAUCCGACUGAAGCUUACAAAAGAGGUAUUAACAAUUCAAAAACAAGAUGUCAUCUGUGUUAGUGGAAGCAAUCACAGUGCAAAUCACAGAACUGUUACACUUCGUAGACAACCAGUUGGUGGCUUGGGCUUAAGCAUAAAGGGUGGUGCUGAGCACAAAGUGCCUGUCGUCAUAUCAAAAAUAUUUAAAGACCAAGCAGCUGAACAAACAGGAAUGUUAUUUAUAGGAGAUGCAAUAAUACAGGUUAAUGGUAUAAAUGUAGAAAGUGCAACCCAUGAAGAAGUGGUACACCUACUGCGAAAUGCUGGCGAUGAAGUUACCAUCACUGUUCAGUACCUCAGGGAAGCUCCAUCAUUUUUAAAGCUCCCGUUAGGUUCCCCUGGACCAUCCAGUGAUCACAGCAGUGGAGCUUCAUCACCUCUCUUUGACAGUGGCUUACAUUUAAACGGAAACUCAACUAACACGGCCCCAUCAUCACCUUCUUCACCCAUAGCUAAUGAACCAAAAUAUGAGAAGCGCUGGCUAGACACCUUAUCAGUUCCUUUGUCGAUGGCUCGAAUCUCGAGGUACAAAACUGGAACAGAUAAAUUAAGAUCUAAUGCAUUUGAAGUGCUGGCGCUUGAUGGAGUUAGUACUGGGAUACUUCAGUUUUAUACAGCCCAGGAGAGUGCUGACUGGCUGAGAGCAAUGUCAACUAACAUCAGUGAUUUGACACUUCAAAAUAUGAAAAUGGCAAAUAAAUGCUGUUCUCCAUCAGACCAGGUCAUACAUAUGGGAUGGGUAAAUGAGAGACUUGAAGGAACUGAUUCAUCUCAGCUCUACAAAUUCAAGUUUCUGGCACUGAAGGGUUCAUCCUUCUAUAUUUUCAGCACUCCACCGGUAAGCACACUAGACUGGGUACGAGCUGAAAAAAUCUAUAACCUCUGUGAGGUUCUAUUUAAAAUUCACAAGCUCUGGCUUGCUGAUGAUUGCUGGCUACAAGCAAACUUGUAUUUAGGUAUUCAUCAGGACUUUGAUGUUGAAGACCAGAGGCCGUAUUGUUUCAGUGUUAUGGCUGGACACGGAAAGAGUCAUUAUUUCAAUGUAGAACUGGGCAGUGAAUUGGCCAUGUGGGAGAAAUCAUUUCAAAGAGCAAUUUUCUUGGAAGUUCAAAGAACAGGGUCUAAAACAUAUAUGUGCAGUUGGCAAGGGGAUACUCUGUGUUUCACAGUUGACUUUGCUCUGGGAUUUACCUGUUUUGACAGUAAAACAAAGUCUGAAAAAUAAUACAAAAAGGGCCUUCUAAUUACAAAUUCUGAAUUAAAAAGCACAAGAACUUUUGCUUUGGAGUCUGGUGGAUUGACCCUGGCUUCCUCCUGAGCUGGGCAGAGGAGAAGAAGUAUAACAAGAGGCUUCUGGGUCAAGAUAAGUGCUGGGAGAGAUCACUGUCUGCUUACCAUCAUGGGCAAAACAGACUACACUUGAGGAAAUUACUUUAAUUUAUUACCAAUUUAAUUGGAGUAUGCUAAUGGGAAAUGAAAACCUGAUCUUAAAACACCUUUCUCCUACCUCUCCCUCCUUUCCAGUUUUAAAUUUAUUCCAAAUUUUCUUUCUCUUCUACCCUCCAGCAGCACAGGCAGAUCAGUAAUGGGGGCUGUGGUCAAUACCUCACGUUAUCUCUGCAACUCCUUCCUCCUUAGGGGGAGGACUCCUCACACUCUUCCCCUGCUGUAGCAAGGCAGUUAUCCACAAACUUCCCCAACAUGAGUCCUUUCCAUGGGCUGCAGCUCUUCAUGAACUGCUCCAGUGUGGGUCCCUCCCACAGGGUGCAGUCCUUCAGGAACAGCACCUCCUCCCACUCCUCCUUCACUGACCUUAGUGCUUGCAGGAUUGUUUUUCUCAUAUAUUCUCACUCCUCUCUCUUGCACAAGAAAUAGAAGUGUCUUUUAGAAAAUGCUUUUCUAGAGUAAUUUUGGUAGAGUCUUAAACUUACUUGGAAGAAUUACUGCUUUUCCUGGGUUUUCUGUUCUUAGGUCAUCUUGGGCUCAACUCACUCAGCUGUUAUCAUUUUGGGCCCACCGCAGAGAUACUUUUGUGUCUGCAGCUGCUUUAUAUCACAUUUGUAGAAGUUCUUUUUCUCUUGUUGGCUUGGCUGGUUCAUCUUUCCCAUCCUGUGUCUCCAGCUGCUCAUCCAAGAUAAAGGGAUCCCAAAGUGUGCAUUUUCUUCCACCUCCCAGAACUAUCUACUUCUCUUCUUUCCCACUCACUGUCAACCAUUGAGAGAGGUGAUGACUCCAGCAAUGCCUAUUAUUGCUAAAUUGUUCUUAAGUUCUUGUUUCAUCUCCACCUUAGCAGUUAUAUUACAUAGCAAACAUUCAUCUCUCCUGUUUAGAGCCAAACUCAUUUAAGCUUUGAGCACUUUUCAGGUGGUCUAAUUAGGCCCUCUGGACCCAGUUAAAAUCUGUUCACGAAUGUAAAGUUUAAGCACCAUCACAGCAAAGUUGGGUUUUUCUUCAUCUGUUAUAUUUUUCUAAGGCAGCAGUGACAUUUAUGUCUGCAAGGAACCAGGAGAUAGUUUUUUAUUUCUAGGGCGUUCCCUUUUAAACUGUGAGCAGGGUUCUGAAGACCACCGGUAGCACUGGUUUGCUAAAAAAAAAUUUUGAGGAAAGACAUGUUGGAGAAUGGAAUAUAGCAAACCUUUUACCAUGUGUGCUUUUGAAAUAGCCCUCCAAGUAUUUAAAUUGUGUUUCCUCAACAGUGUCCAGGGACUGAAUCACAUUUCAGCAUGUGCAGAGAAUUUCAUUAAGAUUAUAGGCAUUAAAGGAAACAUCAGCAGGAAGUAUGGAUGCAAGUUGUUAUCUCGUGCAUUUUUAAAUUACACAUUUUCAAGUGAUCAAAAGAAAACAUUCAGAUAAAUACAGAAAAUUAUCUUGGUUUCAAAAGUAAUUCCCCAACUUUUGUUUUAAAUAUGUAUCUCCAUAAACAUUAAAGCAUAUCUGUGAAUCUAGGAUUUGCCAGUGCUAGUAAGGUGACAUGCAUAAGCCUGUAGGAGAUCAAGAGGCCUAGAAUUCUUGUAUAUUUUACAAGCCACUAUGUAAUGUAGAACACAUCUUUGUGGUUUCCGAGACUACGUUCAAUAAUAAUAUUUUUGUGUUUCUGUAGUGUAUUUGAGGAUCUCAAACCACAUUACAGGCAUCAGUAAAUUUAGCUUUGCAACAUCUGUGUAAGACACUAUCGUCUAUGUUAAGCAGAUGAGCCAGUUGAAAUAUGAAAGAUCAAGAUAUGGCAUGGAAUUGUGUUCAUAGUGAAACUGAUACAAAUAUCUUCAUGAAUCUUUAUGGAAUUAAGCUUUUGCCAUGGAUCUUAAUAUUACGUAGGCAACUGAAACAUUUA